CAGGAAGACGCUGGCGGAGAGUGAGCUGCAGCACGGCGAUGUGCUCAUCUACCAGCGGCAGCUGCCGCCCGAGCUGGCGGCGCAGGUGCGCUACCCCACCGUGGACAAGUACCUGGUGUACGUGCAGAACAGGAGACAGGUCCACUUCAAGCGGCUGGAGGAGCCCGCUGCGCCGCCCACCGUAUCGCUGGAGCUGCUGCGGACAGCCACGUAUGACGAGGUGUGCGCCUCCCUAGCCACCGCGCUGUCCCUGCCCGACCCCACCAAACUCCGCCUCACCCGCCACAACUACUUUAGCUGCCAGCCGCAACGUACGGCGGUCAAAUGGCGCGCAGCCCCCUCCCUGGACUCGCUGCUGACCCAUGGGUCACACACCGUGGACACGCUGUACUACGAGGUGUUGGAUCUGCCGUUGGAGGAGAUGGAGCAGCUGAAGACGGUCAAGGUUUCCUUCCACAACGAGCGCGGCGAAUUCGUGGGCGAGCAGCACUCCCUGCGGCUGCGGCGGGAGACCACUGUGGCUGACCUGCUUACCGAGCUAGGCACUCGGCUUCAGCAGGCGGCGGCGGCAGCAGCAGCCAACAGGGCUGCUGCAGCGGCGGCGGCGGCGACAGGCGGGAGCCAGCCAGCAGAGGCGAGUGUGGGGGCCGUCAGCGGCGGAAACGGAGACGCCGCUGCCGAUCAGCAACAGCGGUUGAGUCAGGGCGGCACAGGCAACGGGGGAGCUGCCGUUGCUGCUGCUGCAGGGCCGCAGCCCCUGUCGCAAGCGCAGCAGGCUCAGCAGCAAGCGGAUGAGGCCGCGUUGGCUGCAGCGGCGGAGCUGGUGGCAGCAGGACGGCCCAUGCGGCUCAUGGAGCUCAUACAAAACAAGCUCUACAAGGUGGCUGACCCCAGCGAAACGCUGGAUGCGCUCAACGAAGCCUACUGGCAGCUCCGAGCGGAGUUCAUUCCCGCAGAUCAGCUGGCAGAUGGGCUGAGCGGCUCGGAUUAUCUGGUGCAUGCGGCCCACAUGCUGCUGCCGCCGCUACCGCCCAAAGCGGCGGCGUACCUCGCAGCGCAGCAGCAGCAGCAGGCAGCUGCUGCGGCGGCGGGUACGGCAGGUGUGUCGACGGAGGAAGCGGUAGCCACUGCGGUUCGGGGGGCUGGUAAGGCGGAAACGUCACCGCAGGGCCGCGGGACGUCCGGGGGUGCGGUGCCCAUGGAGGCUGAGGGCGGUGGUGGCGGCAGUGUGAAGGAGGAUAUGGAGGAGGAUGAGGCGGAAGGCGGGGAGCGGCAGGGCGGCGAUGAGGCAGGGCAGGAGAACGGGGGUGGUGGGGGUGCGGACCGGGGGGCAGCGGCGGCGGAGGAGCUGCGGGAGGGGCGGGAGGAGCUGGAGCGGGCGCUCGCGGAGAACAUGCCGGGAGCGGCGUUUGGGGAUCCAUUGCUGCUGCGGGUGCCGGAGGGGGAGACCAUGGCGCAGCUUCGAGCCAGGAUACAGGCCCUCUUCAACGUCCCCCCCGCCGACUUCGCUCGCUGGCAGCUCAUCUUCGUGGGCACCCGGCCGCCCAACGCGGUGCUGCAGCCCUCCGACAACCUCACCAACUACCUCAGCGGACAUCACAACAAGCUAGCCGUCCAGGCAACCGCAGACGCUGCCACCGGCGGCCAGACGAAUGCCUACCUCAUGGACCCAAAUAAGCUCACCCUCGCCAUCCUGCACGAUGACCGAGGAGUGGGCAACGGCCGGCGCCAACCGCCCGCCAGCAGCCGAUACGCGCACGAGAAGCCCGUCAAGAUCUACGGGUAGCCCUUCUGACCUGCUUUCUGCACGCGCCGGUGUUUGCAUGGUACGAGUGUCGGCGUCCGUCCAGGUCUGCGGGCAGCGUCUUGCCCUGCUCUCGGCGCUCGCCGGGACUAUGGAGACAUGCGAUGAUGUACGUCCGUCGGGGUGUACUGUGGAUGAACUCGAGCGGCCACGCGAUACUGCUGUUGAGCGGGUGCUGGGGCGCGGAUGGUGGAUGCUGUGGCGCGGAUGGUGUGGGUGAAGGAUGGUGAGGAGGGAAAGGAGAGGAGAGGGCUACAUGGAGAGGGAGAGGAGGAGCGGGCGGGAUCGCGGUGGUGGAGGAGGUCGUGACGAUGGUGGCAGCAGCGGUGGUGGUGGUGGUGGUGACAACGCAGGAGAGGGGAGAAAGUGAGAGGUUUUGGAGUUGCUGGUGGGUAGGAGAGGUGUGAGAUUGGCUGUAGGCGCGAGGGACUGGGGCGGCCAUGCCUUCUCUUGAGGCCUGUGCUUGGGUUCUGGGCUCUGAAGCGGAGGCGGGAUGUAAUGUGUUGGUAGGCAGUUGGGUAGUUGGUGGUACCGGUAGUUCGGAAUGGUCCGGCGAAUUGGUUGCGACGGUGGGGGAAGGGGAACCGCACACGCGAGCGCAAUCGCGGCCAGCUCCUGACGCGGGUCGAGUGUGGGUUGCUAGCUUGUUAUGCGCUUUGGUUGGGGCUCCUGCACGCCCUUGCUGGCGUGGUGAUGUUGCUGGCCUGGUUUGGUUCAGUCCAGGAGGCGGGCACUCCUAUUGUGUGGCUGUUGGUACUGUGCGCCGUCCUAGUGAGAGGACUGACCCGUGGGUCGUUGCUGUUGCAGUUGUCUUGACGUUUAAGGGCAAACUGGGGCGGUUCCUCUCACACUUAAUGUCGCGUCGUGGCGUACGUUGUGUGUGUAGGGGGGGGGGAGUAGCUGGGCAGCUGUCACUGUGGCGCGUUUUUGGAUUUGGAGGAUUUUGGGGUCCAUGUGUGUUUCUGCUGCGGAGAGUUUUGUUGCAUGUUGGCUAGGACUUAGGAGGCCUGAUUGAAGAUAUUAGCGCAGGAGCCGCGCCGGCAGGCUCGCCUGGGCGGCCGCAGCUGCUGUAGCAGCAAGCAGCGUUGCUAGCGGGGUAGCUCUCGCUAUUAGGGUAGACACCCGUAUGCGCAUGUCCUUUGCUCUGAGAUUGGGUGGGGUGCUUGGAAGGCUGGGGUGCGGGUUGUGUGCUUGAACAGGCACCCUCACAGGGGUUACCUCCAUCCGCAAGUAAGGGGCCCUGAACCUCACGCAGGUGUGAGGGUGAAGGGGCCUGAUGCCUUGGUGCUCCGGAGUAGAUGGCAUUAGGAACAGAAUGGCGCAUUUUGGAUGCCAGUGGUGGACAGCAAAUGGCUGAAGAAUGUAAGUAUGUGAUGGCGUU